CCGUUGACACCCAUCUACUUUUCAUUCCUUUCGUGACUAUUUUGUGUCGCGUAUUCUGAUUACACAGUCGAUAAGUUGGCACCGCUAUAAUUACGCGACAUAACCUAAAAUGAAUCCUAUUAUACCCGAAAUGGAAAUUAUUAUUUCUUUAUUGGAAAGAGGCACCGUUGUUACGAAAUUCUUUUCGAGAAAGAGACCCGAGAAGAAAACUCUUAUGAUCAGAAGGGAGACUAGACAAAUCGUAUGGUCGAGAAGUCCUACCUUUAGGCCUUUCGAUGGUUCAGUGGAAAUUAGAGAAAUCAAAGAGAUCAAAGUAGGCAAGCACUCCAAGGAUUUCGAAAAGUGGCCAGAAGAUGCUAAAAGAAUCGAAAAUCUCAGAUGCUUCGUCGUCUAUUACGGUUCAGAAUUUAGACUCAAAACUCUAUCGAUUUCUGCCCUCAGCGAAAAGGAAUGCGAUCUUUGGGUUAAAGGAUUACGUCGUUUACUUCGAGACACUGUAACGGCUCCCUAUCCUUUACGAGUUGAAAGAUGGCUAAGAAAAGAGUUUUACGCUAUGGAAAACUCCAGAGAAACAGUUACUUUGAAAGAUAUCAAAGCGUUUUUGCCUAGAAUCAAUUGUAAAAUACCUACGAACAAACUUAGAGAAUUUUUUCAAGAAAUCGAUAACGGAAACAGGAACGAACUAGGUUUCGACGAUUUCGUUCUACUUUAUCGUAAACUUAUGUUCGAUCAAAACAAUCUUACGGAUUGGAAUAAAUUACUUCGUUACUCGAAAAAUGGACAAAUCGUUACCGUACGAGAUUUCCAAAAUUUUCUCGUCGACGAAGAACAAGAUCCAUUGGGAAACAACGACGUCGAGGUUUCCUCUUUUAUCAGAGAUUAUUUACAAGAUCCUCAAAGGGACGUGCAAGAACCGCAUUUUACUUUUUCCGAAUUUAUCGAUUUUCUCUUUUCCAAACAAAAUUCUCUUUGGGAUUCCAAAUAUUCUAGAAUAUAUCAAGACAUGACUAAACCGAUGUCUCGCUAUUGGAUAGCUUCCUCCCAUAACACAUAUCUUAUGGGAGAUCAAAUUAGCAGCGAAAGCAGUUGUCAAGCUUACGUUCGCGCCUUAAGAGCUGGAUGCAGAUGCAUAGAACUCGAUUGUUGGGAUGGUCCAGAUGGAAUGCCGUUCAUUUUUCAUGGUCAUACGCUUACUACCAAAAUUAAAUUUUUAGAUGUCGUUAAAACCAUUAAAGAUCACGCUUUUGCCACUUCCGACUAUCCUGUCAUACUGUCCAUUGAGGAUAAUUGUACUCUCCCUCAACAACGCAAAAUGGCUGUUACCAUGCAAGAAGUCUUCGGUGAUAUGUUACUGGUUCAACCUAUCGAUAAGAAUGAAACCGCUUUGCCCUCUCCGAAUGCCUUGAGGAGAAAAAUUAUAUUGAAACACAAGAAAUUACCCGACGGUGUCGACGAAACCUCUUUUCUCGUUAGAAACGAUGACAAUCGACAAGAGAUGGAUCUUCGAAAUACCGUUAAAAACGGUAUUCUUUAUCUCGAAGAUCCCGUCGACAGAGAAUGGAAUCCGCAUUUUUUCGUAUUGACUCAACAAAAAUUAUUUUACACCGACACCUUUUCCAGAACCCAAGAGACCGAACACGACGACGACGACGACGACGACGAAGAAGGUGCUACACGACGACCAACCGACGGAGUUCCCAACGAUGAGCUACAUUUCGGAGAAAAAUGGUUUCACGGCAAAUUAGCCAGAGGAAGAGAGGAAGCCGAAGAAUUACUAAGGCGUUACUCUCAUCUCGGCGAUGGAACGUUCUUGGUCAGACAAUGCGUCACGUUCGUAGGCGAUUAUUGUCUAUCCUUUUGGCGCAAAGGCAAAGUAAAUCAUUGUCGUAUCAAACUCAAGCAAGAAAUGGGUCAAACGCGAUAUUAUCUUAUCGAUACCAAUUGUUUCGACAGUUUGUACAGUUUGAUUACGCACUAUCGUAAUCAUCCUUUGAGAAGUCAAGAAUUUUUAAUCACUCUUCAAGAACCUGUACCGCAACCGAAUAAACACGAAGAAAAAGAAUGGUGGCACGCCGAUUGUACCCGUACUUUAGCGGAGGAAAUGUUAAAACGGAUACCUUCCGAUGGAGCAUUUUUAGUAAGACCCAGCGAGAAAGAAACCAAUUCUUACGCUAUAUCUUUUCGAGCAGAGAGGAAAAUAAAGCAUUGUAGAAUCAAAUUGGAAGGACGACUUUACACGAUCGGUAGUAUACAGUUCGAAAGUUUGGUCGAAUUAAUUAAUUAUUACGAAAGGCAUCCGUUGUACAAAAAGAUCAAAUUGAGUCAUCCGGUCAAUCAAGAUGUUAUCAGAAGAAUGGGAUUGGACGUGGACGAUGGUUCUGUUUACGGUAUUCCCGGUUACAUGGAUCCUACUAGUUUUGCAUCCAAAGUAACCGUCAAAGCUAUAUACGAUUACAAAGCCAGAAGAGACGACGAAUUGACCUUGGUUAAACACGCUAUAAUAACGAACGUACAUCGUCAAAGCGGUGGAUGGUGGCGAGGAGAUUAUGGUGGUAAAAAACAACAUUGGUUUCCUGCCAGUUACGUCGAAGAAAUAGAACCGCAAGAUAAUCAAUCGGAUUCGACCGAUUCCAUGAUGUUCGGUAGUCUACAAAAAGGAUCCUUGGAUAUCAUGGGCGCGGUUGUCGAAUUGAGGGUAGGUGGUAGACCCGGAUUAGAAUGGAUAUUGAGGAUACAAAAUCCUAGCAUGUGUUCGGUCUUCGAGGUAGCGACGUCUUCCAAGGAUACGGCGUUGGAAUGGAUGUCCAGCAUCAAAGAAACCGCGCAAAAUGCUAGCGUUAGGGAAAAUCAACACAAGGAAAUGGAACGAGCAUGGAGAAUAGCGAAAGAAAUGUCCAAUUUAAUAGUUUAUUGCAGAUCUGUUGCGUUUAAUAUCGAAAGAGUAAGAACCAAAGGUUUUAUAUUUAACGAGAUGAGUAGCUUUCCCGAGACAAAAGCUGAGAAACUUAUGUGUCAACAAGAAACUAAGUUUUUCGUCAAAUAUCAUCAGGUUCAAUUCAGUAGAGUGUAUCCGAAAGGACAACGCAUCGAUUCCUCGAAUUAUAAUCCGGUGCCGAUGUGGAAUUCUGGUUGUCAAAUGGUAGCGUUAAAUUAUCAAACUGGCGAUAAAUCCAUGCAACUUAAUCAAGCAAAAUUUAGCGAAAACGGCAACUGUGGUUACAUCUUGAAACCCGAUUUUAUGUUUAGAGAUGAUUUCGAUCCUUACGAUAGAACUUGCUUGUACGGAAUAGAAUCGCUUACCUUUGCUAUCAAAGUUAUCGGUGCGAGGCAUUUAAUCAGAUCGGGUAGAGGAAUAGCUAGUCCUUUCGUCGAAAUUGAAAUUAUAGGAGCGGACUUCGAUUCCGGUACAAAAUUGACCACCAAGACGAUCCCCGAUAACGGAUUUAAUCCUAUGUGGAACGAGUCUUGCGAAUUCGAAAUUAUCAAUCCGUACUUCGCGUUUAUUAGAUUCGUAGUGCAAGACGAAGAUAUGUUCGGCGAUAGCAAUUUUAUUGGACAAGCUACGUUUCCUGUUCGAUGUUUGCGACCAGGAUAUAGAAGUGUACCGUUAAAAAAUAAUUUUAGCGAAGAUCUCGAACUCGCGUCGUUAUUGAUUCACCUUCGCGUAACAUCUUCCGAACCACGUCAGCACGGUUUAUAAAAACCAAUGUUCGUUUACUAGCGAAUUUCUCGAACGUUUAAAGGAUCGUGCAAAGAUGGUUGUUCGAUGUGUAAAUACCGUCGAUAGAUGAAAUAUUUAAUUCGGAAUAUCGAGUGAAACGUCGCUAUAGAAGACUGGUUAUUUAUGACAAUUAUACUUUACAAAUUGAACUUGGUGGUUAUUGAAAAAAAAAAGAAAAAAAAAAAAUAUGCUCAUCUUUGUAAACGAUAAUAUAGAAAUAAUGUAUCGUUGCGCGUAAUUAUAAAGAAGAAAUCGUUACAGUAUUAAAUAAAUAGUAGGGACGGGGGGUUAGAUUAAGCAAGAUGUUUAAAAUAAAAGAUGCAAUAAUUUUGUUACGAAAACUAAAUUAUUAUUAAAGUACGGUAAUGUCUCCAGAUUUUAUAAAAUCGCUGUAAAUAACAUAUUUUUAUUAUUCUACUAGAUUUUUCGAUUUGCUUCGAUCACUUACGUCGAAAAACUCAAUUAUAAUCAAUAUCGUUUUAUAUGUAAACAUAUUUUUAAUCCGUACGAUUUAUUUUCGUGAAAACGAUAUUUCAUUUCGACCGAAUCAACUUGCAUCGUGUGCUUCGAUAUUUUAAACAAUAUGUUUAUGUUAAUAGUAUUUAUUUGUCGCUUCGAAGACUAUGAUUUUUUUACUUUAAUAUCGAAAAAUUUAUUCGUCGUAAAUUCGGAUAUAAGUAUGUUUAAAAGGUUCAUAAAACCAAGCAUUGAUUGACGAAAUAGUAAAAAGAAGAAAACAAAUAAAAUAUUGUGAUUUAAAUUUUUAUAAUUAUUUGCAAAUAUAAUUUCUUCCUCGUAAAAUUCAUAUAUGUAUCGUACUUCUUUUUUUUUUGUAAUCAUUAUUAUUCGUACACUUUUUUUUUAUAUUUACAAAUAGAAUUAUUAUAAGUUAUUCGUUUAGAAUAAGUGUUUAGUGUCAGGUACAAUCUUAUACGUUACGUUAGGCAUAUUACUUAUCGUUUCUGACACGUAUUAAUUUAUUCCGAUUGUAACGAAUUUUAAUAAAUCCACUAAAUGAAAUACUACUUUACAUUUAAGGAACAACGCCUAUCUAACGCGCUUUUCGUCUUAAUAGAUUACGUAUGUACGUUAUCGAUGCAUUUUUUUUCACUUUUGUAAAAUACGUAACGCGAAAUAUGACAUUCUCUUUGUGUCGUGACGUGGUAUAAUAUAUCCAGUAUCCGGUAGAAACGUAAGGAAAGCUAUAUUCCGGAAAAUUGUAAUUGUACGAAGAAGAGGCGAGCACUGCCCGAGUAAUAAUUUUAAACGAAAUCGCUCGAUGCGAGGAUUAAAAGAAAUAAUAAAUAAAGUAUAUACUUUAUUGAAUGAAACAUGUCGAAAAAUUAACACAUGUGUAUAUAUAUAUAUAUAUCUCGGUAAUUCUAAAUGCAGAUAUUUGCUGCGCAACUAAAAAA